AUGAAGGAUAAUGAGAACCAGGAGGUUCUCCCGGAGGAAGAAAGUAGGAAUGCCCCGAGGGAGACCAAUUUGAAGAAUUUCGAAAAGACCUUCAUCCACGAUUGGCAGAAGGCACUAAAGCGUGUAGAAGAAGGGAGGAAGUGUUGCGAACACCUGAGUAGAAUUUUCCAAGAAUUGAUUUGCAUCGAAAAGGAGUACGAACAAAACUUAAGAAAUUUGUGUAACUCAUUUAAAGACUUUAGUGAUGAAUCAUCUGGGAUCAAAAACGGAAUAGCAAGUCUAAAAAAAAACAUAGAAAGGAGAUGUGAACAGAUAGUAGAUUUUAUUAACUAUGUGGAAAGUGAAAUAAUUUAUAGUACCCUGAACACUACACUGAUUAAUCAUAAAAAUGUGUAUGAUCAGAUUAGAAUAGAUGGAAUGGAAAGUGAUAAAAUGGUGGAGAGAACUAAAAGGGAUACAGUAAAAUAUGUGCAAAAUUGUGUAAGUGCUUACGAAAAUUUAGUAGAUUCUAUUCAUGUCUUUCACAAUAGUACUUAUUACCAUCCACUGAAACGGAUUGAACUCUCUAAUGUUUGUAUACAUAAAUAUUUACUAGCCAAAAAGAGGGAGUAUGAAUAUAAGAACAUUAUAAAUAAUGUGAACCAAGUAGAAUUGAAAAAAGAAAAAAAAAUGAAAAGCAUUCUGUACUCUCUUGAAUCGAUGGACUACAAAAGAAUUUCAUGUAUAAAGGAUAACGUGAUGAAAUACUUAAUUUUUUUUACCUCCUAUAUUAGGAAUGUUCAAUAUGACCUGAAUGGCUGUAUUGACGUGUUUAAAGAUGUGGACGCAGGUCGGGAGAUUGAGGAGUAUUGCAAAAUGUAUUGUGAGAGGGGAGGGGCUGCUGGGAAGAGACAAGGAGAGGAUUUCUUCCUUUACAAUAAUAUUGUCUCGUGGCCAAUGCUAAUAGAUCACCGAAAUGAGUUUAACUGUGUUGGGGUGGGAUCUUCGUACGGUAGUCGAGGUGACCACCCCGAGAACGAUGACUAUGUGAGCAGCGCGAGGAGUAAGUAUGGGAGCUUAUUCUCGUCGCUCUUCAACGUUAACGUGUACAAGAAUUUGAUUCAAAGUGAGCACAGUGAUCGGACGAGGGGAACGGAGAGCAAGGGGGUCGGCAGUGUGUAUACGAAUAUUUUUAACGAAAUUGUUUUUUUUAACAAUAAGGAGGAGAGCGGUGGGGGGGAGGAUGAGGCGGGGGAGGAUGCGAUGGGGCGUAGUGAUCCGGGUGGAAAUGCCGACUGGGAGAACCCUGGCGAGGUGUCCAACCCGAGUGACACGCUCAACCGCAGUAAGGAUGCCCUUCGCGAGGGGGAGCAAAACGAAACAGGGGAAAUGCCUGCACAGUCAGGUAAAAGGGAACCCACUGAGGGGGAGGCCAAUUCGAUGGUAAGGUCAUUUCCACCAGGGGAGAUAUCCCCAACGAGGAAGGAGUUGAUAGAAGAUGGAUAUAAUGUGGACCCAAAUGAACGUGGGCAGGGGCAGGUUGUUAAUCUAGCAGAUGGAACUGCCACAGAGGAUUCUAUCAAAAGGGAGUUUAUUCAGGUGGAAGAUCGCCAAGGGGGUGACAUAAAUCGCGCAGAAGAGGUAGACAAUCGGAGGAGCAACCCCGAGGGAGGGGGAGAUGGACAUAGUAUUAAACGUAACAGUGUGCACUGCGAGUCUGAUCUGAGUUACACGUACGUAAGGGACAUGCUAGAAAGGGAUGGUACACAGAACGAGCAGGACUCAGACAGCGGAGGAAGCGAAGUGGAUUAUACAAACCGAUUUAAAAAAAUGGAAAUUUUUUUUCAAUUUUAUUUGAAAAAUUUAUUUCAUGGAAAUUUUACGAAAAUAGAAGAAUUCAACAUUUCGGCAUAUUUCAACGUGUACAAUAAUCGAUUAAUUUUUUGUGAGUGUCUGAUGUAUUAUGUUAAAAAGGGGAAAACAUUUUUUAAAAAUAUGAACGGCAUGAUUAUAUUUGCAAGAAUUAUUUUGUCCUUUUUGGACUACUGCGAUUUGUACUUUGAUUACUGGUCUUCCAUCUACAUUUUGGUCGCUUCGGAAAAUUUUUAUUUUGAAGUGGAGGAAAAUUACCCCCUCGAUGUUAAGCGGUUGUUGGAGGAGUGCCAUUUUUUUGAGAAGUUCAAAAGGGGAAAGGCAGUCGGUAGGGGGGAGUCCCCAAUGGGGGCAACCCAUAUGAACACUGGUCAUGUGCAGGGAAGGAGAAAAAACAACCUUGGGAUGGACGAUUUUUUCAUUAUGGAUGAGGAUGAAAAUGGAAAGGGGGGUUCAUCUAAGGCACGUAACGUGCGGGUGUUCUCGAAGAUGAGUGUGACGAGUAGCAGAGUGAGGAGGAGUGUCGUGAAUAUAUACGAGAGUAGGGAGGAAGGGGAGAAAGCGGGCGAUGUGGAGAAGGAGGGCGACGUGGAGAAGGAGGGCUAUGUAGAAAAGGAGGGCGGCGUGGAGAAGGCGGGCUAUGUAGAGAAGGAGGGCGACGUGGAGAAGGCGAGCUAUGUAGAAAAGGAGGGCGACGUGGAGAAGGCGAGCGAUUUAGAGAAGGCCGGCGAUGUGGAAAAGAAUGACCAGGUGGACGACCACUCCAAUGGCGACGCUCCUGCGCUAGCUGAUGUAGAGGGUAGCGGACAGGAACAAGUAAUAACAAGAACAAUCGGGUCCAGUGCGUCGAGGGAAGAGCCCCCAAAUGAUGACUUCCCGGAGGAUUUGGAACGGAAGGACGAAGGGAAGAAAAAUUGCGAACAAGAAGUGAACGAAGAAGAAAUGAACGAAGAGGAAAAGAAGAGUGGCGAAAGGGGUACUCCCAUGAGUAGUGGGAACAUCCCACGGAGGAAGAAAAUUCUGUUGCACAAAUUUGUGUACGCCCACAACCUGUGGAACAACAUAAAGUUUUGGGAAGUGAGUCUCUUAAUUAUCAUUUCGGAAAUAAUCCAAGAAAGUGUUCUACUGGAAAAACUAAAAUACGAAAACAAAGAAUCGUAUGGAUUAUCAAUUAACCAAAUUGGUUUGCUCCUAAACAAAGUGUUUCACAGUUUUGACUUAAAGAAUGACCCCAUUUCUCGAAAAUAUUUUUUCCAAAUCAUUGAUAUUGCUACGAAUAAAAAAAUCACUCUGAAUUAUAUAAAGACGGAUGUUGGGAAUUUGAACACGGAGUAUAAGAAGUACUACUUGCAGUACUAUAACAACUAUUUGAAUGACGACAGUCGGCCGGGGGGGAAGAAGCUUUGA